UGACCACCUCCCCACCUCCACCCCCUCCUUCCCUUCCCCCCAUCUUCCUCUACCCUUCCCUCCUCCUCCUCCUCCUCCAAUCAUCACUCCGAGCACUUAAUUCUCCUUUAUAAGAAGACAUCAUCUCUCUACUUUCUUGAUCCAUUGAUGGUUAUCCCUCCAAGCCUAACCCCCCAGGGCAGGAAAGAAUGGGCGCAUGCUUCUCCGCGGACACCAAAGUAAGCGGCGGCAUCGUGCCUACUCGCCUUAGGCCGAUAGGUCAGCCGCAGAAGCAGCAGCAACCGCAGCCAGAGCAGAAUAAUCAGGCACCGCGGGAGAAGCAACAGCAGAAUGACAGAGGCAAUAAGCGGCGGCCGUGCGGGCUUCUGUCGUGUGGCAAGAGGACCGAUUUUGGGUAUGCGAAGGAUUUCGAGAGCCGGUAUUCGAUCGGGAAGCUGCUUGGGCAUGGGCAGUUUGGGUAUACAUUUGUCGCCACCGAGAACUCCACCGAGGAGCGGGUGGCGGUGAAGAGGAUAGACAAGAGUAAGGGACAAUGGGAGGCUUCGGGGAGGCUGACCUUUGCGGACGGACACGCAAGAGUGCGCGGAUGGACACGCAAGGGUGCCGCGCGACUUAGGCAAAACCAGCUAAGUCCAUGACACAUCGGCAAAUGAUGGCAGCAGCGACAGCAGUGGCAUCUUCCUUCGGUGGUAGCUGCGGGUCUUCCUCCCGCGGCAGUUUCUUCCCUUCCCUCCUCUCUCCUACCUUUGCCCCAUUUGCUGCAACCCUCCUAUGUUCACUGUAACCAUCCUAUGUUCACCACAACUCUUGUAUGGUGUCACCGCUGCCCCCUUUCUUCCCCCUCUUCUCCAAUCGCUCCUCUCUUCCCUCUUCCCUCUUCAGCCCUCUCAUGUUCCUUCUUCACCCCUCUACCACAGCCCUCCUAUGUUCACCGUAGCCCUCCGCCGCAGUCCUCAGCCUUCUCUUCCCUCUUCCCUCUACCACAAUCUUCCAAUGUUCACCGCAGCCCUCGUAUAGUGUCACCGCAGCCCCCCGUCUCCCCCCUCAUCCCCAAUCACUCUUCUCUCUUCUCUCUUCCCUCUUCCCUCUUCCCCCUCUUCCCCAUUCACUGCUUCCCUCCUACUGCCCUAUGUUCCUCGCUCUUCCCUGUGUGUCAAAUUUGCAGAUUUUGGAAUUGUUUCUUUGGAUGUUUUUAUGCUUGAGUUUUCGGGUAAUCGGCUUGGAAUUUGGUUUUACAAGAAUCUGCAACGUAUGAAAUGAGGGUUUAUUACUUAUCGUUUAUUGGGUGCAUAGCUUUUAGAGGAAAAAGCAUCUGGUUUUACAAGAACUGCAGCUCUCUGCUGUAGUUAACAGUACCAUCUUUGCUGUAGUGAAUAAGUAAAAUGUCUAUUAUUAUGGAAGAGGUGGAAGAAGAGGAAGAAGAGGAAUAUAAAUCAUCCGGAGAGGAAGAAGAGGAAGAUGGUUACAAGAUUGACGAUGAUGAACUAAAUUUUAAUGAUUCUUGAUGUUAAUUUUGUUUUAUUUUGUCAUUUUUGCUAUUGGAUAUGGACAAUGUAGUUUGAUACUUUAAAUGGAUGCAUGUUUGAUGUGUUA